AUGAAGUGGCCUGUAUCGUUGAUAGGAUUAUUCAUCUGUCUUACCGUCUUGGCAGUCGUCGCUACGGUGAACGGAGUGGACAAUCCCCGAAUAAUUAUUGUUGGUGCGGGUGCUGCCGGUAUUGCCGCCGCUAGUCGUCUAUACCAAAAAGGCUUCAAGAGCAUAACCAUUCUAGAAGCGUCACAGCGGUUUGGUGGCCGUAUCUAUACGACUCCAUUCGGUGGUGGUAUUGUGGAGUUGGGUGCACAAUGGUGCCACGGAGAAGAGGGCAACGUAGUGUACCAGCUGGCAUCGGUCUACAGCGGGCUGCUGAAGUCCUCCAUCAUUGCAGAUGAGGAUGCCGUGCUGAUCCGAUCGAAUGGCGUGCGUGUACCAGAAGCAGUUGCGGACCGAUUGCAAACCAUGGCGGAAGAAAUUAUCGAGUCGGACGCAAGGGACACGUUUGAGGGAAGUUUGGGUGAAUAUUUCACGCAAGAAUAUUGGAAACAGUUGGCCACUCCAGCAUUUAGUGAUAUUAGCCGUGAUUUGGCGGAACAGUUCUUGGUGUACUAUCACAACUACGAGCGAGGCUAUACCGCUUACAAUUCCUGGUUCGAGGUGGCAGCGAGCGAAACCGAUAGCUACGUGGAACCGGCCGGCAACCAGGACAUUGCGUGGAAUGGAAAGAAAGGAUUCUCCACUAUUCUGGACAUUGUUUCGGGUAACCAUCCAGGAACAACUAACCAAACGCUAACACCGGUACCGCUUGGUCAACUUAUCACCUAUGGCAAAUCUGUGUCCAACAUCCAAUGGAAAGGAUCACCAGACGGUGAAGUGAUUGUCAAGACACAAGACGGCACCACCUACGAUGCCGACCAUGUCAUCGUGACCGUCUCCUUAGGCGUACUGAAGGAGAACUAUCGUACAAUGUUUACGCCUGCACUACCAACCGUCAACCAGCAGGCAAUCACUGGGCUAUACUUUGGCACGGUUAACAAAAUAUUCGUCCUUUUCGAUGCGCCCAUACCGGAAGAUUUUCCCAAUACCGUCCAUCUGCUAUGGUACCAGACGGAUCUGAACGCGCUGCGUCAAUCACCGCACGCCUGGGCGGAAGCUGUUUCAACCUUCUUCCGCAUCGAUAAUCAACCGAAUGUACUGAUGGCCUGGAUGAAUGGUGUCGAAGGAAUUAAGGCAGAGAAUCUGGGAGAUACGACCAUUAGAAACGGCAUUCUGCAUUUGCUAAAAAUAUUUGGAAAAAAUCUUACUUUUGGAAACAUUCGAGGUCUUUUAAGAUCCAAAUGGUCAUCGGAUCGCCUAUUCCGCGGUUCAUACUCGAGCCGUUCGAUAACAACUGAGAAUCUGAACACGGGUGCACAGUACCUUGGAAUGCCAGUCCAAAAUGCGGCAAAUGAGCCCGUUCUGCUGUUUGCCGGUGAAGCCACCAACCCGGUACACUAUUCCACCGUCCAUGGUGCCAUCGAUAGUGGUUUCCGCGAAGCAAAUCGAUUGAUCAACUACUACAGCUGA